AUGUCGUCCGCGGACGAGCUCAAGACUCUGGGCAACAAUGCCAUGUCCGCAAAGAACUUCGACGAGGCCAUAGAUGCUUUCACCAAGGCCAUCGACCUCACGCCCACCAACCACGUCCUGUACAGCAACCGAUCUGCUGCCUACGCCUCCAAGCGGGACUGGACCCAUGCUCUGGAGGACGCCAAAAAGACCACAGAGAUCAAGCCCGACUGGCCGCGGGGAUGGGGCCGCAAGGGUGCAGCUCUACACGGCUCGGGCGACCUACUGGGCGCGAACGAUGCUUACGAGGAGGGCCUCAAGCUCGAUCCCAACAACGCCGGCCUCAAGAGCUCAUUGGCUUCGGUCCAGAGAGCCAUGGAGCAGGAAUCCGGCGGUGCGGGUCUAGGUGGUGAUCCCACUGGUGGACUCGGCAAGAUGUUCAGCGACCCGAAUCUCCUCGAAAAGUUGAUGAAGAACCCCAAGACCAGCGGUUUCUUCGCCGACCCCUCCUUCAUUGCCAAAAUUCAGGCCAUCCAGCAAAACCCCCAGAACACCCAAGAUCUGUUCAGCGACCCGAGAAUGAUUCAGGUGCUGGGCGUUGCCAUGGGUGUCGACAUGGACAUGAGAAUGCCCGACGAAGCUCCCGGUGCUGGAGCUUCGUCGUCCCGUGGUAAGGAGGCCGAGGAGGAUGUUGCGAUGCCCGAUGCUCCUUCAAGAAACACCAAGCCGGCUGAUAAACCGGAGCCUGCAAAGGCCCCCACGCCCGAGCCAGAGGACGAGGAGGCCCUGGCCAAGAAGAAGGCAAAGGACGAGGCCGACAAGGAGAAGGCCCUGGGCACCGAGAGCUACAAGAAACGCGACUUCGACGAGGCCAUCAAGCAUUACAGGAAGGCCUGGGACUCGCACAAGGAUAUCGCUUACCUGAACAACCUAGGCGCAGCUUACUUCGAAAAGGGCGACUACCAGGCCUGCAUCGAGUCAUGUACCAAGGCAAUUGAGGAGGGUCGCAUGAUCUAUGCCGACUUCAAGAUGAUCGCCAAGUCAUAUGCGCGUGUCGGUUCGGCGUACGAGAAACAGGGCGAUCUCGACUCUGCCAUCGAGAACUACAAGAAGUCUCUGACCGAGCACCGAACGCCCGAUACUGUCAACAAACUACGCGCUGCCGAGCGCAAGAAGAUCGACCAGGCCAGGACCCAGUACCUUGAUCCUGCCAAGGCCGAGGAAGCUCGUGAGGAUGGCAACAAGAAGUUCAAGGAGCAAGACUUCCCCGGUGCCGUCGCCGCCUACACGGAGAUGAUUAAGCGUGCGCCUGAAGAUCCUCGUGGCUACAGCAACCGUGCCGCGGCGUUUGUCAAGCUCUUCGAGUUCCCCAGUGCCCUUGACGACUGCAACGCGGCCAUCAAGAAAGAUGCCAAGUUCAUCCGAGCCUACAUUCGAAAGGCUCAGAUCUACUUCGGCAUGCGAGAGUACUCCAGAUGCAUCGACGCCUGCAACGAGGCAACGGCGAUCGACAAUGAAAACUACAACAACGCCAAUGCGCGUGAGAUCGACCAACAGCAACAGAAGGCUCUGCAGGCCAUGUACUCGGCACGGGAGAACGAGACGGAGGAACAGACUCGGGAGCGACUGAUGAAGGAUCCAGAGAUCAUGAGCAUCAUGCAGGAUCCUGUCAUGCAGUCCAUCCUCCAGCAGGCGCAGUCAGAGCCGGCCGCGUUGCAGGAGCACAUGCGCAACCCCGGUGUGGCGACCAAUAUCCGCAAGCUGAUGGCUGCCGGCGUCAUCCGCGUUGGUCGAUGA